CCCUUCAACGCGGCCACUCUGUUGACACUGCGCCCAUGGCGCCCGAGCAGUUGGAGAAUGCUCCCAUGUUGCCCAAUCCAAAUGGCUUUUGAGAGCACCGACAAUAUUGCCCCGCACUCGAUUCGUGUCCUUUCGAUCUUCAUCGCUAUCGCAACGAUCUUGGUACUCAUGCGACUAUGGUCGCGGCUCAAGUUCCAGGGAGCACUUGGCCUGGAUGACAUCUGCGCUAUAAUUUCUCUGCUUUGCGCCGCGGCUUUCUUUGGGCUGUUUGCAUAUGUGUGUAGCAUAAGAGCGAUCGGUCCACAUUCAUGGGAUGUGCGCUUAGUAGUCGCCACACGGAGUGAUGUUCGCAUAAUGUUGGUGAGCAGCGAGAUCAUUGGCCAUCUAGCCAACUACUUCGCUAAGAUGUCCAUCCUGCUAUUCAUCAAUCGCAUCUUUCCCCGUCUUGCGACACCAGUGGCAUGGUAUCUGAUUCAAUUCGGAAUAAUCUCCACUUCAAUCGCAUACGCUGUGAUUGUUGUUGUCCUAAGCGUAGGGUGCAUACCACGUGUUGGAAGUGGAGGCCAACUCCCAUCGACAUGUUAUGAGGAGAAAUUCCAUUUUCGUACGGGUGCUGCAGGCGGUUUCAUCAACGUGAUCACGGAUAUCUAUAUCCUUGCAAUCUCGAUUCCGUCGCUGUGGAUUCUUCGAAUGCCGCUUAAAAGAAAGAUCAGUGUGAUGGGGGUUUUGGCGGUAGGGCUCGUUGCCUGCGUGAUUAGCAUCGUCUACCUAGUGAUGCUUAGUAUGCACAUUGGGGGAAAGGAUGUUGCUCGUGAAGUGGUUAUACCACUCACUUUGGCAGACUUGCAAGCUCUUGUUGCUAUCAUCACUGCAUGUCUUCCCACAUUGCCUGUGUUAUGGAUUCAUCUGUUCAAAAGCGGAAUAGCAUCUUUGCGAGGCGUUCUUUCGAGGAUCUCAGCGCUUUCGGCUCCAGGGAAUAGGAGAGGCCGAGUUUUUCGUGGUUUAGCUGACGAGGAAAGUUCGAUCAAGUCACUCCGAGUACAUAAAGUACCGAAACCUGAGGGUGGACCCGUCAUACGGCCUCCGGACGAGCAUGUCAAAGACGAAACCAUUCGGUGA